GAAGGAGGAGUUUGUCUCUCAAAUGAGGUGGAAACUUCACAGUCCUACGAAAUUGGAAGUCACCAAAAUACAGUACGGAGAUCUUGAGCUGGAUGAGAAUGCUAGCAAAGAAUCAAAGAGCACUGCCUUGCUUAACCUUUUAACGGGCUUGACACAACUUCCAGAGGCGGAAAUCAAACGCAGCGCAGAGGCCGGUGGACUCUGGCGAUUAGGAAAGCAAAUCAGAACUCCGUAUAGUCUUCCAUUGCAAUCUAAGGGUAGCAAGGCCAACUUCUACUAUAAUAAAGAAUUUCUCGACUGGAGGCCAGUCAGGGAACCGGUGCUAAUAGCCGAUAAGGGCCCAGGCCAGUACAGUGUAUACUACAAACCACCAGGCAUGCAUCUUAAGGUACUAUUAGACGCUUUGCUACCACCCACUAAAGCACAGUGUCUGUAA